UCCUUAGCUGCCUCCAUGGGGCUCCCUCCUGGAGCCUGUCCUGAGGGCUGGGAGGAAGGCUGGGACCUUCUGAAGGCCUUUAUCAAAGAGGCACAGUUCUGGAGUCACCACUGAAAAAUCGCAGCCAUCACUGAGAAGGUUUCUGGACCACCAGACACACUGGGGGAAGGAGAUGAUUCCCUUCCCUCGACCCCAAGAGGCGCCCUCCGCCAGCACAGCUUCCCCCGCUCUUCCUCUCGCAUUUGGCUAAAGAUAGCCAGGGGCACAUGUGUGUCCGUCCCUCUGUUGGUCUUGCCCUCUGCGCCCCUCCACCCACCUCCCAGUUUGCUUCCUCAGGAAAACCCAGGGAGGAAAUGGGCGGGAGAAGCAGCGCAGGAAGGAGGCGGCCCAGGAGUGGUGGCCACAGCAGCGACCGGGCAGAGAGUCAGUCUAGUGGGACUCCCUAAGGAGGGUGAUGGAGCGCUGGGCCCUGCCGCUAUUCCUCUGCCUCCAGGCGCUGGGCUUGGGGGUCGGGAGCAGCAGCCCUGACCUGGACCCCAGUGGGAGAAACGUCUGCAGGUCCAGCAGCCACCCGCCAGUCUUCACCUGCUGCCCAGGAUGGAAACAGGAGGGCCAGGAGUGCCCAGCUGCACUCUGCACGGGAGCAGACGCCUGCCGGGAGGGGGAAGUCUGUGUGCGCCCGGGGGUUUGCCGCUGCCGGCCUGGAUUCUUUGGGGCCAACUGCAUUGCACGCUGCCCCGACCAGUACUGGGGUCCGGACUGCAAAGAGAGCUGCGCUUGCCACCCCAACGGGAAGUGCGACCCGGCCAAUGGAGAGUGCCGCUGCCACCCUGGGUGGUGGGGCCCCCUCUGCCAGUCCGUGUGCCCGUGUGGCCCCAGAGGCCGCUGCGACCCCCUCACCGGGGUCUGCCAUUGCGAGCCAGGCUGGUGGGCGCCCGACUGCAGGCGCCAGUGCCCUUGCAACCUCUCCGGCUCCCGCUGCGACCCCGUGACGGGCCGCUGCCUCUGCCACCAGGGCUGGUGGGGCAGGAGGUGCUCCUCGCUCUGCAGCUGCCACGGCUCCCCCUGUGCCCAGGAGACCGGCCGGUGCGAAUGCCGCGCGGGGCAGUGGGGGGCAGCCUGCCAGGCCAGCUGCCAGUGCCUGCACGGGACCUGUGCCCCCCAGGACGGGCGGUGCACCUGCCACGCCGGCUACCAGGGCGACAGCUGCAAGGACCCCUGCCCUGCUGGGAAAUACGGGAUGCAGUGCAUGCAAAGCUGCGGCCACUGCCAGGACCUCAAGGCCUGCUUUCCCGUGGACGGAUCGUGCCCAGCUUGUGACCCGGGCUGGAACGGGACCCACUGCAAGCAGCCAUGCCCACCUGGGCACCAUGGGGGGAACUGUGCCCUGCUUUGCCCUCCCGGCUGCCGGCGAGGAGAGAGCUGCCACCCAGAGACAGGGGAAUGCCGGAGCUGCAAAGCAGGCCUCACAGGUGCCAGGUGUGAGCUCUCCUGCCCAGAGGGCUUGUUUGGAGAUGGAUGCCGGUUUGCCUGCCCAGACUGCUUCAACGGGAGCUGCGACCCGGCCUCUGGGGCCUGCGUGUGCCAGGCUGGGUUCUGGGGCACCAGCUGCAACUGGACCUGCCCUGAAGGGUCUCAUGGCCCCAACUGCUCGGAGCCCUGCCAGUGUGGGGGGCGCCUGUGCCACCCUGUCACCGGGGACUGCCAGUGGAGACAGAACCAGGCAGCCCUCUUAGCAGGAAUCCUGACCCCUUUAAUUCUCCUCGUCCUCCUCUGUAUGUGUUGCUGCUGCUGCUGCUGCUCUGAGUCCACCCCGAUGGACGCCAGGUCGGCAGCUGCGGAGGGAGACCCCAUCUCCCGCAUGAAGCACCACGUUCUGGGGACGUUGGCCAACCUCAGCCCCGCCUUGCCCUGCUUCUCCUUGGGGGGCUACAAGCUCCCACGUGUGACAGUCUCCCACCAUGACGCCGAGAUCCCCUUCAACCCCAGCUUCAUUGAGCCCCCGUCAGCCGCCUGGCCUUCGGACAGCUCCUUCUCCUCCUCCUUUGACACAGACGACGACCAGGAGGACCCAGCCUCCCCUGCCCAGGAAGCGGCCGGUGCUGAGCACCAGCCAGGAUUCCCCCCGGAGGAGCCAGCCUUGAACUCAGAGCCCUUCACCAUCCCCCGCACCUCCAGCAUUGCCAAGGCCAAGCGCCCCUCCGUCUCCUUCGCAGAAGGCACCCGCUUCAUCUCUCAGAGCCCCAGAGGCUCCACGGAGGCCCUGAACCCCACCUGGAAGGCCAAGGCCCCCUGGGGCUCAGCCCGAGCCACCUCCUUGCAGCAGCCCACAGCGGACCCUGCUGGGCAGGAGGGCCUCCCUGCCAUGGGCGAUUCGCCAGGGGGAUGCUACGAGAACGUGGAGGCCGGUGGUCGGGAGGAAGGGAGCCACAGACCCUGCUCCUCCUCCUCCUCCUCCUCCACGCAGAGGAGCAGCUCCGGGGGCCACAGGAAGCGGGGAAACAGCUCCCAGCACGUGGCCCAAAGAGUGGAAGCCCUGGAGGCUGCCUCCAAAGCACAGGCCAAGGGCCCCAGCGUCACCACCAUCUACGUGACCGUGGGCAAGGCGGGGGGCGAGGGGCCGGUGCAAGCUGUCCUGCAGCGGCUGGGGAGCCUGCAGAGGGCCAGGCAACUGCCCAGGGAGGAGGCGCAGCAGCGGCCAAGGAGAAGGAGCCUGGAGGGCCUCCUCCAGAAGCCGCCACGGAGGAGAGGGCUGCUGGACUCCGAGGGGGAUGCCGGGAGGCUGCUGCCCCAAAGUGGGACUGGCCAGGAGGCUGCCACCAUGCUCUGUGCUGAAGCCAGCACCCCGGAGGAGGAGGCUGAGGCCCAGGGCUUUCCCAGGGGGCCAGGAGCUUCUGCUGGUGGAGAGAGCGGCGGCAGCAGUGAGUCACCCAGCAGCCACAACCAGGCUGGAGGAGCUAGAGGAGGCCCUUUGCUGGAGAAGGAGGAGCCAAAGUAUGAGAAUGUCUCCGGGUGGUCUAGCUCUCCGUAGGCACCUAGAAC